ACUACCGCGACUAUACCGCUACUGACGUCGAUAUAUUUUCUUCCAUUCAGGCGUCGCCGUUUCUUUGUUGAGGCUGUCGUUUCACUUGUUGCUCUCCGCUCGUCGUCUGACGUCUGUCCGCUCUUCACCGGUCCAAACAGCUAACCACAUUACAUCGCAGCCGAAGCAGUCGCCGUCAUUCCAGUGGCCACGCUCCUUCGUACUCACGGAUCCUGACGAGUGGUUGAGUGGUAUUUCCCGACGCUGAGCAUUCAUUUCCAGUCGAUUCAUUCCUUCGAUAUGUCUUCAAGAAAGAGAGAAAGCGAGAAUUCAAUAAACGAGUUCAAUACAAAACUAAGACAAGAAGAAAAGAAAAGUAAAAAGAACGAAAAAAUUGGGCGUGGUGACUGUACACUUUUAAAAUCAACAGUUACAACUAGUGGUUUACUAGAAGCUUGUCAUCAAAAAAUCAUGAUUGCAAAGGAUGAUAUUGACAAUAUUGAUACCGUCAAUGAUUUUUCUGACAAACCAAAUAUGAAAAUUCCGGAAAAAAUUAUCACUGCAACUGAUUUAAAUGGCCAAUUGGAAAUUUUGAUGAAGUGGAGAGGAAUAGAAGAAAUGGAAUUAAUCCCAGCUAAAAAGGCUAAUUUAAUGUGGCCUCAAAUGAUUAUCAAGUUUUAUGAAGAAAAUAUCACAUGGAGUUUGCCCUCUGGAAAUAUAAAAGGUGUUUAACUAUUUUAAUAUGAAUACGGAUUACAUGUGUUCAAAAAAUAACAUUUAUUUUGUAUCAAAUCUUAUAGUAAAUGUUUUCAAUUA